UCUUCUACAAAUAUUCUUAUUCAAGGAGGUGUUGCAAAGAUAACCGACUUUGGCUUGUCUAGCGUCCUGAGACAAAUUAUGUCCUCGUCAAAUGGUACUGGAAAUUUGGCAUACAUAGAUCCAGGAUCCAUCCAAAACUUGAAAUAUAGACGAGGAAAGAAGUCCGAUGUCUUUAGUCUUGGGGUAAUACUUUGGGAAAUAUCCACAGGAAAAGUCCCAUGCGGAGGUCUUACCCGAAGUGUAGAUAUUACUGUAUAUAGAGUGCGGGGUCUUCGAGAUAGCGCUUCUGACAACACGCCUAGGGAAUACGUUAAAUUAUAUUCGGACUGUUGGGAUGAAUCUCCUGCAAAUCGACCACAUGUAGAAGAUGUUUCCAAAGCAUCCUACAAAAAAGAAAUAACACAAAUGCUUGAUAGAAAUGAGAGGCGUCUUAUUGUCAGUAUGGACGAUCUACGCGAGUACAACCCGGAGAAGGCAUUAGAAACGAUGACAAUACCAAAUGAAACGAUUCCAGCGUUUGAACAAGCAUUAAAGGAAGUAAUUAAGCAUGUCAAACAUCCGAUACGACAUCAGAUUGACGACGACCAACAAUUUCACAUUGGAUUCAAGGGAAGUUUUGGAUCUAAUCAUGUCAGUCCACGGACGUUGAGAUCCAUUUAUUUGGGACAGUUGAUUUGUAUAGAGGGUAUUGUCACUAAAUGUGGCCUCGUUCGCCCGAAACUAGUUAAAAGUGUCCAUCAUUGCGAGAAAACCGGGAGUUAUUAUGCUAGAGAGUACCGAGAUUCUACUAUGCUUGGUAGCUCGCAACCGACUACGGUUACAUAUCCAACAGAAGAUGAUAAUGGCAAUCCGCUUACGACAGAGUUUGGAUUCUGUUCGUUCUGUGAUCAUCAAGUAAUUUCUAUUCAAGAAAUGCCAGAGAGAGCGCCAGUCGGACAAUUAAGUAGAUCAUUUGAUGUCAUCCUUGAUGAUGAUUUAGUCGAUUCAGUCAAGCCUGGAGAUCGUAUUCAACUUGUCGGCAUCUUUCGGUCAUUGGGGAACCGAAAUAAAGGAGCUACCUCCGCUACAUUCAGGACUAUAAUUAUCGCUCAAAGUGUGAAUGUGCUAUCAGGAAAAGACGUUGGUCAGACUAAAAUGACAGAGAAGGAUAUUAAUAACAUCAAGAAAUUAGCAGGGACCAAAAAGUAUUUAUUUGAUCUGCUUGCUCGAUCAGUUGCUCCGUCUAUCUUUGGACAUGACUAUAUAAAGAAGGCUAUAUUGUUGAUGCUUCUUGGGGGAAUGGAGAAAAAUUUACCAAAUGGCAUUCAUAUAAGAGGGGAUAUAAACAUGCUAAUGGUAGGUGAUCCCUCGACGGCAAAAUCUCAACUUCUUCGAUAUGUCCUCAACAUUGCCCCUCUUGCCAUCGCUACAACGGGUCGCGGAUCAUCGGGCGUUGGCUUAACUGCGGCAGUCACAUCAGAUAAAGAAACGGGUGAAAGACAGCUUGAGGCAGGAGCCAUGGUACUUGGCGAUCGUGGAAUUGUCUGCAUUGACGAAUUUGAUAAAAUGAGUGAUAUCGAUAGAGUAUCCAUUCAUGAAGUAAUGGAACAGCAGACUGUAACAAUUGCUAAGGCUGGAAUACACACCUCACUGAAUGCAAGAUGUAGUGUUAUUGCUGCCGCCAAUCCCGUUUACGGACAGUAUGAUGUUCAUAAACACCCGGCACAGAAUAUUGCCCUUCCCGAUUCUCUUCUCUCUAGAUUCGAUCUUUUAUUUGUCGUCACCGAUGAAAUAAAUGACACUCGUGAUCGAAUGAUCUCUGAUCAUGUUCUUCGUAUGCAUCGAUAUCAAUCGCCAAGCGUAGAACAAGGUGUCCCAAUCAGUGAUAUGCCAUGUGAGCGAAUUCUAAUGGGAGAGAAGGAAGAAGAAUUACAAGAGACUCCAGUGUACGAGAAGUUUAACGAGUUGUUACAUGCUAGCUUGCAGGCUAUGCAGGCUACCCAACCGAAGAAACCAUCUCAAAAAAAAACCAAGAAUCUUGAAAUUCUCACUACGCCAUUUCUGAGGAAAUAUAUCCAGUAUGCUAAGACUGAAAUAAAACCCGAAUUAAGUGCGGAAGCUGCAGAUUAUAUUGUUUCUGUAUUUUCGGAUUUACGUAACAAUGAUCCUGCUGGUAAUCAAGCUAAGACAACGCCAAUGACAGCUCGUACGCUGGAAACACUGAUCCGUUUAGCAACAGCCCACGCUAAAUCACGACUGAGCAAUGUGGUAGGAGAAAAGGAUGCAAGAAUCGCUGAAGAGAUUGUCAGAUAUGCGCUAUUCAAAGAAGUUGUCUCUCAUACACGACGAAAGAGACGAAGAUUGAGUCGUCAGGCUGCAGAUACGUUCAAAUUAUUCCAAGAUAGGAUGGGAGAUCUCACCUCUUCAGAGCUGUUUGAUGGUCAAAUGAUACUUACAACAAUGCUGGCCGAGAUAAAUAACGGUUUGCCGGAUGAAGAACAAUUUAGUGUUACAGAAGCAGAAUCAGCAUUGCAAGUGAUGGCUGACAGGAAUCAAAUCAUGUAUAGUGGCGGAAUUGUCUACAGGAUAUAA